AUGCAUCAUUGGGAUUCAAUUAUUGAAAGUGCCAUUGCACCGUACCCAAUUGUUCCCACUCGUCGACCCAAUCCACUUCCAGAGGUUCUCAAAAGCAGCAAAUCCAACAUGCCAGUUCCAGUCUCUCCACCUGCGAUAGUUACUCCACCUCGUGAAAGCGGCCCACGACCUGAGGCCCGCUCUGCUGGAAUGGCCGAAAGGGCAACUCGAAGUGAGAACCUAUCGGAUCUAGUGCGCUUUUUCCAGACUGGCUCCAAUGGCCAGGAUGAGCAGCAUGAUACGGACACCGACGACACUACCGCCUUACCUACUUCGGAAAAGGACCUGAAGAAAGAGCAGAUGAGCAAGGAAGUGAAGCCUUUACACCGUCGGCUUUUACAGUUUACUCAGCGACAGAGGAAAGAAUCAUCACCGAAGUCCAAAAUUGACGACAACCAGAGGCAGAUUGAGGCACUCCAGAGAGAGGGAUACCUCAUUCCUUCCCCAGUAUCCAAAGUAAAGGUCACUUCCACUCAGUCAAAGGAAAGCAUUGAUCGGGCAGAGCGUGGUCUCCACUGGCCAAAAACCAGUGUCGAUCAAGAACUCUCAAAAUCGAAGAUGCUCGACGUGGAAACCAUUGGCCAGCCAUGGCUUGAAAAUAAAAGUCAAGGCACUCAGCAAACCGCGGAUAUCAAACGCCUAGCCUCAUUGGAUAUGGAUGACUUCAGUUCAAUGAUAGAUGGUGCUGUCUCGAUGUCCGACCUCGAUGACUCUGUACCCCCUCCCUACCAGGCCGCAGCAUCUUCUGGGCCUUCUCGGUCCUCAUCACGGCCCUCUUCUCGCCACAGCCGAAAUAAAUCCUCUCAAUAUUUAUCUGCCCCCUUGCAACCAAAAGCUUCUUCGGAGGCUCUUGUGCAAAAAUAUAAUCUACCCAGAUCGCCGUCCGUUUCUGAGACUAAGGCCACUGGAUCAAGAGAUGGAAUUGCUCUGCGGUCUACCUGUUCAACCAGCAACUUGAGUCUAAGUACUAUAGAACAACGAUAUCAUGGCACACCAAGUAUAUCAACCAGUCAGAAGAGCGCACACGGUAUGGAAUCUCCAAGAAUGUCAAUGGGGAAGAACAGAGCAAAGGGAUCUAUGCAAGCCCCAGAUCGAACGCCUCCUGCUCCGCCUGUCACUGGAGCCUCUUCGCCGGCCUCCCUGACAUUGUUCCCUACUGUCGCACCGUCACGUAACUCGAGCAAAAAUGCAUGGAGGAUCUCAGCUGCGCCUCAUUACCAGACGGUCUCUGAUGCGGAAUUGCCAGUUGCUCAGACAGACUCAUCCAUUCUAGCAAAUGAAAAACAAGAGGCAAAUGCAUCAAACACGACACAGAAUAAGGAAGAGCUUGGUUCUAGAGCACUUUUGGCUCCUGUACCUCUCACAGAGCCGGCCACUGCAGCAAAGGGCCAGAAGUUCUCACGUUCAACGUCUCUAGCCAUGGGAACUUUGAAGGCUUUCCCUCUUCCAGCCCCAACAAGGCCAUUGCCAUCGAUCCCAAUAAGCAGAAAAGCGUCUCUUUCUUCAAAUGCCCAAAAUUCUGCUGCACAAAAACCUCGUUUAAAAUCCAAAUCAUCGAACUUGCAAUCUUUACAACCAUCACCCAUCGACGAGGAUCCUCUUGAAUCAAGCCCUAGAUUGACUGCUGCACCGGCUCGCCCCUACCCGGAGAAAGUAGUCGCCAAUGAAGAUGUGAAACCAGCUACCAUGAAAUCUGAGCGUCCCUCAAUUCCGCCAGAACAGCGGACUCCAAAACGCCAUACUGCCCGUAUUAGUUUGACGAACGUGAAAGACCUUCCUGAAAGCCCCCUGGAACGCAGAGACGAGCGGGAUUUCAAAGCACUUUCCUUAGCUGAGUCCCCUAUCCUUGGACAAACAACCCCUACACGGACUGUAAGACGUGCUGCCAGCCAGGGUUUACAAUUAAAUACCCCUAGAGGCCGAAAAAACCUUCCGUUUGGACUACCGUCUCCUCCCCCAUCUGCUGCCCUUCAAUCAGAUCCUCCGACACAGUCCUCUGCUGAGCGAAUCGGUCACCGCAGCUUUACUGCACCCAUGGAAUCUGGCACGACAUCACCGGGGAGCAUGGAAGCUGCAUUUGGUUCAAUACAUCACAGAAGGAUUCCCUCUCGCAGCGACAGUUCUCAAGGCAGUUUCAGAUAUGAGAGCAUUCCUGAAUCAUACGAGCCCUGUCGCUCCGAGUCUCCCAUUCCAUCCUCAGAUGAUGAGGGUUGUGGUCCCAAUACCAGAUCGGUGCAUUCACAUUGCUCAGUCAAAAAACAGGGUCAACGCACUGAUCAAGUCCGCUGCGGCUACGAGAAUGUUCACGUACGCCCCAGUCACAGAAGAUUGCGCUUAUCCUCUGCCACUCGACCUUUAACACCGCAGAGCCGCGGCAACAACAGUUUCGACAAGGCUGUGUCACCGCAGUCACAGUAUUCACAGUCUACCUAUCGGUCCCAGGAGUCUCAGGGCAGCCGUAGCAGUCAUCGCAGUCAGAGUGGAGCUAGUCAAGCUUCAAAUCACCUGGAAGACCGGGUGGCUAAACUGGAACGCCAGAACCAAAUGCUGCAAGCUGCUCUCUUGGCUGCUCUUAAUGCUGGUGCAAAACCCAAUUUCGACUUGCCUGAAUCUGCAACUUCCCCCACGUUCCCCACGGCCGGGCUUGGAAAUGCCUUUGGUCGAUUUGCGUCACGGCCCGAUAGCUGGAUGAGUUCUUCCCGCAGUAGUGAGAACAGUGGGUUUGAGACUUCAAGCUCCACUCGAGAUAGUCGAGUCCACGCUCGUCAGCUGGUCAAUAUGACUGAAGAUAUUGAAUCCGGAUGGCUGUCGGAUAAAUCUAGCUUGAGUGGCGCUCGCAACAUCGCUCGACACCGAUGA